AUGGUCCAAAUCUCCAAAUUUAAUGAAAACACGUACUCUUCAGGAAAUUUCAGUCCAUCCGACUUGCACCAGUCGGACGCCAUCCCGGACAACCCACACUCGAUUUGGAAACGACUAGUCUCCCGGGGAUGCUGUGGGCAAUUUCCACGACGAGAAGAAGGGUGGCAGCACGUUUCGACCCAUGUGCUUCCCCCCGCGCGCCGCCUCUCGCGGCCCCCCUCCCCAGCCCCCCGAUUGUGCACAGGUGCAGGAUGCAGACAGAGCCUGGAGGGUCGCCCGCUGAGCCCGGCUUCGCCCACCCCAGCUUUGGAGCCUCCCUCCCUUCCUCCCUCCCGUCACCUCAGGACACAGCCUGAGUCCUUCCUGGGAUCCAGCCAUCCAUUCGGCUCCCACCCCGCGAGCUCCGAGGUCCCCGAGCUCCGGGGUGGCUCCCCGUGCGCCCCACCCCACCUAAACCGUGCGCUCAGCAGUAGGAGCGAGUCAUUACCGUUAGUGCGUCUGACCGGCGCCUCCCGCCGCUUCCACGUCCCGACAGGAGCAGCAGUGGCUAAAGGCUCGGGUCCCGGUGGCUGUGAAGGAGGCCGCGGUGGAGCUACCUACAGAGCAGCAGCUGCUUGCCAAGGGCCUGUCCUGGGGGGGUGGCUGGAGGGGGUCCCCGCCCUGCGCGCUGGCACCGAGACACUCGCGAGCCCCUCUGUGUGUCCGCCAGGGAAGGAGCACGAGAUGCAGCGAGCGGGUGCGUGCGCGCGGGUGUGUGUGAGUGUGAGUGAGGGUGUGACGGAGGCGCCCACGUGCCCGGCCCGCCCGUGCUGCGGCCGCCGACAGGCUGAGGGGAGAGGGGGAGGCUGCGGGCGGCGCCGGGAGGGAGCCAGGUCUCGGGGCUGGGCGCCGCACCUCCCCGCCCCACCGCCGCUUGACGCAGAGGCCGCUGCAGCUACCCGGCCGCGUCCUCCCUGCGCUCAGGCUGGGCCGGCCGGGGGCGUGCUGGGCGGGGGAAGCCCGCUCCACACCCAAACGAAUCACAUCCUCCUGCCAUCCGGUCCUCCCAAUCCGCUCAACCCAAACGUGGAAAAUGACCGCAUGACUUUGGUAUGGGAGGAGAGGCAGCACACAGAAGUGGAAAAGCAGAACUUGGAAGAUAUCAAACUACAUGUAAAUGAAGUCUAGACUUUUUGGCCAUGUUGUAUUAAAUAAUAUUAGCAAGUAUUGAUUCCAUGUUAAGUAUGUGCCUUUGCAAUGUACAGAAUCAUUUAUAUUCUUUAUUUUUCUUAAUCCUUACACCAGUCCUGUGAUGUAUAGAUACAGUUAUUAGCCACACAUUGUAGAAGAAAAAUCUGAGACUUUGGAUGUCGAAGUUCACACAGUCAGAAGGCAUCUGUUAGACUAUAAAUAACUGCCUCUACUUAAAUCACUUUCUGAAUUUGAUACCUACUUCUAAGCACCAAAUUCCUCAAUUUUACAGUGUUUUGCAAACAAUUGCAAAGAUACAGCAUCAGAAUUCAGAAAAAAAUUCAAAGAUUUACCAAAA